AUGGAUCUGCUAUGGCUGAGCAGUAUGGGGGUUUUCAUGGCCGUCCUGCCCCUCCUGUAUGUCUAUACAUGCUCAGUCGCCCAAACACGAUUCCCAACUGUGCGCAACAAGCGCAUAUGUCUGCUCAUUGCGCACCCCGACGACGAGGCCAUGUUCUUCGCACCCACCGUACUGGCCCUCACUCGGCCCGAAACUGGAAAUCAUGUCAAGAUCCUGUGCCUCAGCACUGGCAAUGCCGACGGCCUCGGCGAGACAAGAAAGAAGGAACUGGUCAAGAGCGGCAUGUUGCUGGGACUGCGACAGGAGGACGACGUCUUUGUCAUCGAUAGCCCUGACUUCCCCGACGGCAUGACCACCCCCUGGGACCAUCAGCGCAUAUCCACGCUCCUGUCGAGCGCUUUUGCCCCCUACCUGCUUCGCCCAAACUCUCCCUCGUCUGCCAACCCCACCGCCUCCAUCGACGUGCUUAUUACCUUCGACGCGCAAGGCAUUUCUUCCCACCCGAACCACAUAUCGCUCCACCACGGCGCGAAGCGAUUCCUGGCCGCUCUCACUGCAGGCAGGCCUGGCUUCGCCUCCCCCGUGGACCUGUACACCCUGACCACAGUCAGCGUGCUCCGAAAGUACACCACCUUCCUCGACAUGUUCGCUACCAUGCUCGAUGUGGUGCUGGCUGGCGCCGACGGCCGGAAGAAGAAUGUCAAGGGCAACCCUGCGGCUCUCGUCGCCAUGAGCAGUCUGUUUGGGGGAAGAGAGAGCGCAGGAACCGCGAGGCAGGCCAUGACAGAGGCACACAAAAGCCAAAUGGUGUGGUUUCGAUGGGGCUGGAUCACCAUGAGUCGUUAUAUGGUAAUCAAUACCUUGAGCUUGGAGAAGUCGAAACCGUGA